AUGGGCAUCAAUUCCCGCGAGGAAGCUGUUCAAUUCCUCAAGGAGAAGCGCGACUCGGACCAAGUCGAGGAUGUAGAGCCUGAAAAGAGAGGUCUCAUUAGCGGCCUGCUGAACACUCUUGCGAGCGACAUUACCGGCCUUACAGGCUCCGUCGCUUCGGCCGUCGACCCGAAGAACUAUCGUCCAGAGCCCGGUUAUACCUUCCAAGCGCCUGGACCCAACGACUCUCGCGGCCCUUGUCCAGGUCUCAACCUGCUCGCCAACUACGGGUACCUGCCCCGUAACGGGUACGUCAACUACGGUCAGGUACUGGACGCCACUGCACGCGGCUUCAACAUGGGUGCGGACCUUGCAACGGUCCUUGCCGUCUUCACUAUUCUUGCCGAUGGAGACAUUGCGACCGAGUCAUGGUACCUCGGUGCCGGUCCGGGCAACGUCGGUGGUCUUAACCGUCACGACACCGCGGAGUGCGACAUCUCGCCUAAUCGCGAAGAUUAUUAUCUUGCGUGUGGCGACAACCAUCACCUGUCCUCUCGCCUCUUCCAGCAGAAUGUUCAAGCUGCUGCGGCCAACCCGACCAAGCAAUUUGACUUGGUUACGAUGGGAACCCAAUAUGCCUCCAAUGCCGCGUUCUCGCUCAAGAACAAUCCGUACCUUUAUUACUUCCCCUUCCCGUCCAUCGUCAGCUUGGGUGCAUUCGCUUUCUACCCUCAGUUCUUCAGCAAUGGAACGUACGGCGCUGGAGGUGUCGCAAACUAUGAGUCUAUCUCUUCAAUCAUCGGAGCGAAGUUCAAUAAGACGUCAGGCCAGUUUAGCUUCGUCCCGGAGAAAUGGCCAUCGCAAGGGUGGUACCGUCGCGCUACUCCAUACGGUGCUGUCCAGGCGUUGAUUGACGGCUUCACCAUCAUCUACCCACGGUACCCCGUGCCCAUGGCUGUUCCGCAGCUCGCCAACCCAGCGAACCUCAAUGUCAACACUAUUCUUUGCGAUAUCUACGAUGGCAUCAACUCUAUUACGCCCCUCGCCCUUGGUGGCACGGAACAGGAGGUUGCUACCGCUGUCAGCUGGGCACUCUCCAAGCUGGAGGGUGUUGGUAUUUCCCCAUCCGUUCUCGGCUGUUCGAUCGGUAACAUUUCACCUAACUUCUACCCGAACAUGACGCAAGCGGGUGGUCCAAUGAACCUGCCGCCGGCUCAGCAGGCUAAUACAGGGAACAAUGUUUACAACAAGACUUACUUCUGCAAUGCACCGACCACACCACAAUGCUCGCACACUUGCUAG